GCAGCACAAGGCUCCAGCCUUCUGGUUUUCAUAACAGCAGCCCCCUCCAGUAGGGCUGAGGCAUGGGAGGAGCUUGCCCAAACUCAAAUAAACACUGACAUGCAGCAUCUUAUGAGGAUGUGCAGCCUCCACAGGACACACUGCAACAGCUGGAAGGACAAGGACUGAAACUGCCUUCCACCAGUUCAGCAACACCUGAAAAGCCCUGGUGCCAUGUUAAUGUAAGAGAUGGCAAUGAACUGUGUCUGCCUUCCAGCUCCGGCAAGAUGAUCAAGUCCUUCAAGCAAACAUUUCUGUCCCUGGACCUGCAGUCCCCUCGCUGGAGCUCAGCAGAGGCAAUGGCAAAGGACUACGAACUGCGCCAGUACGAGACAGCCAAGUGGGUGAGCACAGUCAUCAGGGGGGAAACCCAGAAGGAAGCAAUGCGCCAGGGCUUCUGGAAACUCUUCCACUACAUCCAGGGAAAGAAUGAAAAAGAAAUGAAGAUUGAUAUGACUGUGCCAGUGACCUGCCUGGUGAAAUCAGGCUGCACAGACUUCAAGAUCUCUUUCUUUGUGCCAUUUGAACAUCAGGACUGUCCCCCCCAGCCCACUGACUCUGAUGUGUUCAUUGAGGAGCGGAAGGCAGCAGCUCUCUUUGUUCGGUCCUUUGGCGGAUUUGCCUCCCCAGAGAAGUAUGCUGAGGAAGCUGAUGCCUUGGCCAGAACCUUAAGAAACAGAGGCCAACCAUUCCACGAAGACUUCUUCUACACUGCAGGCUAUGACAGUCCCUUCAAGCUCUUCAACAGGCAUAACGAAGUGUGGUAUUUUAAAAAGUAACACCAUGGGGUAAUAUUAAGAGGCUACUAAUCAGCUCUGGAUGAAAACAGACCUUAUUAUUGGCUUUUUAGUGCAGAAGAGAUUUAAUUCACAUGU